UUAUGUGGAAGAUAAAAGCGGAGUAGGAGGAAAUUGUUGAGUAUUGUUUACAAUCUUUUUAAUUCGUAAUAAUUUUUAUGGUGAUCGCGUUUGUCAAAAAAGAUAGUGUAUUUAGAAUUUUGUUUACAAUGUCAAUGCGACCAGAUGACCAUCGCCGAAAGUGGGAUAAAACCGAAUACCAGCGUCUGGCACAGGAACGGCUACAGUCUCAAGCCAAGGCAAAUCAAAAGGAUGAAGAGCCCGUACAAAGAGAAAAUUUAAAGCGACGAGACUAUAAAGUAGAUCUCGACAGCAAACUCGGAAAAAGCGUUGUAAUAAACAAGAACACCCCUACCUCACAAUCUGGUGGAUACUAUUGCAAUGUGUGCGAUUGUGUUGUUAAAGAUUCAAUUAACUUCCUUGAUCAUAUCAAUGGAAAAAAACAUCAACGUAAUUUGGGUAUGUCCAUGAAAGUGGAGCGAAGCACAGUUGAUCAAGUGAAAGAACGUUUCCAAGCUAAUAAAAAGAAGAUGGAAGAAAAACAAAAAGACUAUGAGCUCGAACGACGUCUGCGUGAAGCCAAAGAGGAAGAAGAGCGAUACAAGGAGCAUCGAAAAGAGAAACGAAAAGAGCGCAAAAGAAAAGCUAGCGACACAGAUCCCCUGGGAGGUGGAGGUUUGACCGACGAUAUGGCGGCAAUAAUGGGAUUUUCUGGGUUUGGUAGCUCAAAAAAGAAAUCAUAGAAAUACAACUACAAUGGAAAUAUUUUUUAACUGUAAUAAUAUUUGCUUUAUUACAUAAAAUAUUGUAACAUACAAGCUAGUAGAAAUAUAUAAAUACAAACGAUAA